AUGGAGGGAGUGCCGAUGUCGGUGCAGCAGGCGUAUGCGGAGAUGAUUGGGAUUGAGGAUUUAACGUUCGAGAAGUACCAGAAUAUACAACGCAUUGGCAUCAUUCCUGGGGCGACCAAUCGUCCGAAAUCGUAUUGGUGGCGGCCGCUUGGGUCUGUUAGCUGGUUACACCACGGUCUUGCACAUAACACCCUCUUCAAGUCCAUGCGGUUCUUUCCGUCUGGGAGCAGCGCCCCAUUACACGUGAAGAAACCGGCCGACUCUCUGUCGUCCCCCUACCAGAUCUUCUUCAACCUCUACAAGCCCUCGACGCCGUUCAAAAAGACCGCACCCCCACAACCCGACUUCUCCGUAGUAGUUGUCAAUGCACGCACCAACCCCCGUUCCGUCACUCACUGA